CAGACAUAGAUAAAAGUCAAUAAGGGUACCCUAUUUAUUUUCGUUCUUUUUCCUUUUGCCCCUCCAAAGACUUUAUUUUGCGUUUCUUUAUCAGUCAAUAUACUAUUCUAAGGUUUUUUGUCCUUAUUUUGUAAGCAUUUAAUUCUUGUACAUAUAUUUGUCACUUUUCUCUAUUGAGAACAAGGGAAGGAUAGUCAACAAUUGGGGAAAUUCAAGUCUUGUACAGCUGUGGUUUGUUUGUUCUUAGUAUUUUUAUUCUUCUUGUGAAUUGGGUGUUUUGGUGGAUCGGUUGAAAAAUUCUUGGGGGGAAUAUUGUUUUCUUUUAGAUGUUGAGUGAUAAUAGAUAAAGAAGUGAGAAGUGUGGAGGGGGAAUUGAAUUUUAUGGAUAAUCUAUGUUGCUUCAACUCAGUCUAUUCUCAGGGAGGACGUUCUUCGUGUAGCUCUGGAAAGGGUAGAAGCCAUCAGGGGCUUGUCAAGUAUGGCUUCACAUUGGUGAAAGGAAAAGCAAAUCAUCCCAUGGAGGAUUAUCAUGUUGCAAAGUUUGCUCAGCAUCGGGGACAUGAGCUCGGACUUUUUGCCAUAUAUGAUGGCCAUUUGGGAGAUAGCGUACCAGCCUAUCUUCAAAAGCAUUUGUUUUCCAAUAUCUUGAAGGAUGAGGAGUUUUGGACCAAUCCCAGGGGGUCCAUCUCUAAAGCUUAUGAGCAGACGGACCAAGCGAUUCUCACACACACUCCCGACUUGGGUCGAGGGGGAUCCACUGCUGUCACUGCAAUUUUGAUAGAUGGGCAGAAAUUAUGGGUUGCCAAUAUUGGAGAUUCACGUGCUGUUCUCUCAAAGAAAGGGCAGGCGAUACAGAUGAGUAUCGAUCAUGAGCCGAACACAGAGCGUGGCAGCAUCGAGAACAGAGGUGGCUUUGUAUCAAACAUGCCAGGGGAUGUGGCAAGAGUGAAUGGCCAACUUGCUGUUUCUCGUGCAUUUGGAGAUAAGAAUCUUAAGUCACACCUCCGAUCCGAUCCCGACAUGAAAACUGUUGAUAUUGACUCGGAUACCGAACUUCUCAUCCUUGCAAGUGAUGGACUAUGGAAGGUCAUGUCCAAUCAAGAAGCCGUUGAUAUUGCCAAAAAGACCAAGGACCCGCUUCGAGCAGCUAAAAGGCUAAUAACCGAGUCACUGAACCGAGACAGUAAGGAUGAUAUCUCCUGUAUUGUAGUUCGUUUCAAGGGUUAAUUGCAAAACCAAAAAUGCAAUGGAAGAACAGUUCCUCGAUCAAAUGCGAUACGAUUCAAAAGGGUAAACACCAACUAGCAAUCUCAUUAAAAAUGCAUAAUGCUGAAAGUUUGUAGUAGAUUUCAAUAUCGUUAAGGUACCCCCUUUGAUAGGAAAGAAAGUAAAAGAGUAAUAAUCUAAUGGUUGAAAUUCGUGCAUAUAAUCAGAUCAAUGUAUGCUAUAUGUUCUUGGUCGAGUCAUUAGAUUAGAUGUGUUCCUUUCAAUUUUCCUUUACUUUCCUUCUUACCAAACAGAGUGUUAGCGUUUGUGGCGGCAAGCGGCGGCUUGCUGGCUUUGGUAUUUGGUUGAAUUCUUCAUUGUAGAUUCAUUUCCAUAAUUUUAUGUAUAAUUUUGCAUUGCACCUCUUAAGGCAUUGAAGAUGGAAAAGCUCAAAUCUGUUGAAAUAGCUUCAGCUCUUCAGAUUUUUUGAAGUCUAA